AUGACGCCUUCGCCCGUCUGUCCGACGUCCUUCUCGCCGCUGUUCCUGCCCCUGUGGCUCGACGACGGGCGGCGCGACAGCGAUCCUGCGGCCGGCGCGGCGUUGCUCGAGUCGGCAUCGGUGGCCGAGACCGAGGCCGCCAUGGCCCUCUGCUUCAUGUCGUCCACGCCCCCCGACUCGGCCCGGAGGGAUCUGCAGCCGCUGCCAUCGUCUCCGCUGGAGCUGCCCGAGCCGAGCCCGCCGCAGCCGCAGCAGCGCCGAGCGCACCAGCCUGGGCAGCCGCAGCAGAACGCCGGCAAGGACAGGCAGAGCUGGGCAGCCAAGAUCCGCCCGCCCGGCCCGCCCACGCUCCACAAGACGGAGCACGUCGUCGAAAAGGCGCGGUACGUGACUGCCUUCGAUCCGAGGGGCUACCUGCCCGCUCUGACACGAGAGCGCGAGCGAGGGGUCAUCUCAGUGUUUGAGUACGCCAUCAGCGGGGACCAGGUCGUCAUGAUCGACAUCGAGACGUCGUACGUGCGCUUCACGGGCAUCUGGAAGGCGCUCGGCCAUGCCAAAGCCGACCUCGGUCGCCUUCAGGAGGACACGCCCGAGCUCCAGCCCUACAUCCACAAGAUCCGCGGCGGCUUUCUCAAGAUCCAGGGAACCUGGCUGCCCUUUGAUGUGGCCAAGGAGCUCUCGCGCCGGGUCGCGUACCCGAUCCGACACGAGCUGGUGCCCAUCUUUGGACCCGACUUCCCCGCCUCGUGCCUGCAGCCGGGCGAGGGAGGCUACGGCCAGCUCCUGCUCCAGACCAGGCAAAAGAAGAGCAAGAAGAGGAGCAGGAGCGCAAAUUCGGCAUCUGCUUCGUCGUCGUCGUCGUCGUCGUCGUCGUCCUCCUCCUCGUCGUCGUCGUCCUCCUCGACGCCGCUCGCCUCCAGCACGUCGCCCCUUCCCUGCAGUCCCUCGGCCGACCUGGUCAGCGGCGCGAGCACGGCUGCCCCUCCGCUCCUGCCUGCCAAAUCGAGCAGCGUGCGGCACGGCAGCCGCGAGACGACGGCACGGAAAGGGGCCAAGCGCCAACGUCGGUCGUCGGGCGAGGUCGCGAGCAGCCGAGACGCCAGCGCCGGCUUCGGCCUGGACCCGCUGCGGUCCAUCUGGCCUCCGCUGUCGAUGGUCUCGACGUCGUCGUCUUCGUCGUCGUCGGCUGCGUUGCUUGCGUCGGCGCAGCCGUACAGGAGCUGCCCGCCCAACUAUCUGGCCAAGAGCCCGUCGACUGGCGUUCAGCCCGACCCCGCGCUCCCCUUUGCCCUGGCGGUCUCGCAACGCUUCUGA